GCGGAUGUUGACGAGUACAGUUCUGUGCCGAGAUUCAAUGAAAUACGGUAAUACAAUGAACAGCUAUUGAUAAUUGCUUCGUUUGGUCCGGGAGACCAAUGCCUUCAAAUGGUGGACAGUAUGGUUGUAGAGAAUGGUGUUCAGCGACUGUUUGUGAUAGGAAGCCAAGACCGUCUGUAUAAUGACCUUGACAGCCCCGCGUUUUUAGGAGAUGAAAAUCCAAACAUUUUCUUUCAUCGCGUCGACUCCGAUCAAAUUAUUUACCAACCACGAAGAAAGAGAGCUAAACUCAUAGGAAAGUAUCUUAUGGGCGAUGCGCUUGGUGAAGGGUCCUACGGGAAAGUCAAGGAAAUGCUUGAUAGUGAAAAUCUUCGACGCUGUGCGGUGAAAAUUAUGAAGCGGCGAAAAUUGCGGCGAAUUCCAAACGGAGAGCUAAAUGUUCAAAGAGAAAUUCAGCUUCUCAAACGACUGCGGCAUCCUAAUGUUAUUAAACUGUACGAUGUUAUAUACGACGAACAAAAGCAGAAGAUGUACAUGAUCAUGGAAUAUUGUGUUGGAGAGUUGCAAGAGAUGUUAGAUAGUACUGAACAGCAUAAAUUCCCAAUCUGGCAGGCCCAUGGGUAUUUUCGUCAGUUGCUAAAUGGUCUUGGGUACUUACACUGUCAAGGAAUUAUCCAUAAAGAUAUCAAACCAGGCAAUUUACUUCUUGCCACUGAUGGGACAUUAAAAAUAUCAGACUUUGGAGUUGCCGAGCGGUUGGAACCAUUUGCUGUUGACGACACUUGUAGGACAAGCCAGGGUUCUCCUGCUUUCCAACCACCAGAGAUUGCAAAUGGCUUAGAAACGUUUUCUGGAUUUAAAGUUGACAUAUGGGCUGCUGGAGUCACACUGUUCAACAUUACUACGGGAAAAUAUCCCUUUGAAGGAGAGAAUAUCUAUAAAUUGUUUGAGAAUAUUGGCAGAGGAGAGUUUACAGUCCCUGAAGAAGUGGAUGAUUCUUUGGCUGACCUUCUAAGAGGUAUGCUUAAUGCAAAUCCAGAAGAUAGACUAACAAUACAGCAGAUAAGAAAACACAGGUAUGACCUAAGAUAGAAAUGAUAGGAAUAGAGGUCAACUGUAUGAAUUCUUUCUGCAGAGUAUCACACCCUGAUAAGAAAAUGGAACUGUACACUGUACAAGUUGUUGUGUUGCACUCAGGCCAACCUUUUUCACACUGCUGAAAUGUGUUCUGAUUUCCUGAGCAACUAGAAGUAUUGCUACACCCCCUGGAUGGAAAUGUUAGUCCAUUACAAGUUCCCUGUCCCCCACCCCUACAACAUCUUUUACUGAGUGAAGUGUUGUACUGCAGGAGUUAAGUGUUUUUCCCAAAGACACAAUCAUCUCAGUCAGGAAUCAAACCCAAUCCUUCGUAGGAAGAAACAUGGUGGCUGUACAUUUUGCAAACCUAACACAGCCCAUUAGGCACAUUGAAGGAAAGCUAUACUAACUGAAUUGGCUAUAUGCUAAAUUUGGAGAUUUUGGAACUUUUCUAUACGUUUUUGAGUUAUUUUUUUGUAAAAAAAAUACCUCUUAGUCGGCGCGUCGGGUAU